AUGAAGACGGCCUUGCUGCUCCUCCUCACACUGGCUGUGGCCAGCGGGCCAGCUCGGGCGCUCCAGUGUCACGUGUGCGUCAGCACCUCCAACUGCAAGCAGCCCCAGACCUGUCCGGCCAGCUCACGCUUCUGCAGGACCAUGACGACCGUGGAGCUGCUGUCUGGGAACCUGGUGAAGAAGGACUGUGUGGACUACUGUGAGACCAAGUACUUCCAGCAGGGCCAGGUCAGCAGUGGCUCAGCCACCACCCUCUGCUGCCAGGGUGACCUGUGUAACGCAGGCCGCAGCAGCGCGGCUGCCCUCUCCAGCGCCACUCUCGGCCUGACACUGGCCCUCGGCGUCCUCGCCCUCAUCCUGGGCCCCAGCCUGUGA